AUGGCAAGCUCUGUAUCAGAGGUAGUAUGGAUUACAACAUUAUUAAAGGAAUUAGGAUUUCCAGUUGAUUUUCCAGUGAUUGUACACAGUGAUAGUGAAACUGCUUUACAAAUCGCAGCAAAUCCAGUUUUCCAUGAAAGAACAAAGCAUAUAGAAAUUGAUUGUCACUUUAUUAGGCAAAAAAUUCUAGGACUUGUGAAGACAGAACAUGUGGACUCCAAACAUCAAUUAGCAAGCAUCGUGACAAAAGGCUUGGCAAGAGCUCAACAUGAAUUCCUAGUUAGCAAGCUAGGUGUGUUAAAUGUGUUUACACCACCUAGCUUGAGGGGGAGUGUUGAGAAUAGAGACUGUAUAGAUGCAGGCCUUCCUCAUCCACAUCCUUACCCUGAAGUUGUGGUUCAAGAUGUACAAAGGAAAGUGAACGAAUCAAUUUCCAGAAGAAAACUCUUGGACACCACAAUAAACACCCAAUGUCAAACAGGUAACCUAAUAGACGACUGCUGGCGCUGCGACCCAAACUGGUCCUACAACCGGCAGCGCCUGGCAGAUUGCGCCCUAGGCUUCGGUCAGGGCGCAAUGGGAGGUAAAAAUGGCAAAUACUACGUUGUUAACGAUCCCUCGGAUACGGACAACGUAAAUCCAGUUCCAGGAACACUAAGACAUGCUGUAAUCCAAGAUGAACCACUCUGGAUCACCUUCUCUGGAGACAUGAACAUAAGUUUGAAGCAUGAGCUCAUGUUUAACAGUUAUAAAACCGUCGAUGGACGUGGAGCAAACGUGCAGAUUACAGGCAAUGGUUGUAUAACAUUGGAGCAUAUAAGCAAUGUGAUUAUACACAACAUCCAUAUCUCCAAUUGUAUUCCAUCAGGGAGUACUGAAAUACGAACAACACCAUCGAACGUUGCACCUCGAGGAGGAUCAGAUGGCGAUGGGAUAACGAUAUCUAGAUCACAUAAUAUAUGGAUUGAUCAUUGUGCUUUAUCACAUUGUACUGAUGGCUUAAUUGAUGUUAUUAUGGGGUCAACUGGGAUUACUAUUUCGAAUAACUAUUUCACUGAUCAUGAUAAAGUUAUGCUAUUGGGACAUAAUGAUGGAUACUUGGCUGACGUUGGAAUGCAGGUGACGAUAGCAUUCAAUCAUUUUGGAGUGGGGCUAGUACAAAGAAUGCCAAGGUGUAGAAGAGGAUAUACACAUGUAGUGAACAAUGAUUUCACAGAAUGGCAAAUGUAUGCAAUUGGAGGAAGUGCUAAUCCUACUAUUAAUAGUCAGGGCAAUCGUUAUACUGCCCCCAAGGAUUCAAAUACUAAAGAGGUAACAAGGCGCAUGGAUGCGGACGAGGGAGAGUGGAAGGGAUGGAACUGGAGAACAGAUGGAGAUAUAAUGGUAAAUGGUGCAUUUUUUGUGGCAUCAGGUGAUGGAAAGACCAACCAAUAUGCCAAGGCGUCGAGCUUGGAGCCACAAUCCUCUGAUAAUAUUGAUCAACUCACUCUCAAUGCUGGUGUUUUUAAUGCAACAAGGGAUAAUAAUACUCCCCGAAACGGCGGCAUCAACAACCCCGGAACGACGUUAGGGAGAGGCACACCAGCAAAAUUAUCUAUAACCACUACUUAUUCUAUCUUCUUUUUCUCUCUUUUAAUUAUUUUAGUUUUGUAACCAUGGUGGAAAACUAAAAUUGCAACAAUUAUACCCUUAAUUACUAUAGCAUAUAUUGGGCUUUAUUAUUUGUUCCUUUAGGUAAACCAUCUUUUUUUAGGAAAGAAGAAUAUUGUUAUAUUUAUUCAAGAAAAGAAACAAAAGUUAUUAGAAAAAAUUGCAA